CUCUCUCAAUCUCGUUUUCAUCUUCUUAUUCAUUCAUUCCCCUCCCUCUACAUAUCAAACAUACAACAUUGUUUCAUCAUUCAAAUGUCUGAUUCUUCCCACACCCUCUUCUCCUUCAUGCUCUUUUUCUCUUAACUUGUUAAACCCUUUUAAAAUCUCACCCACUUCUCACUAUUUAUCCGUUUUUCUCUGUUUUUUUUUCUCAUCUUUUCCUUUUUCUGCAAUUUUUUCUCACUCUUCUUCCAUACCCAUUUCACAUAAUCGUAUUUCAUCUCCCAAUAUAUCACUAGUUUUGAGAUCAGAUUCAAUUGUGGGCCAAAGUUUUUAUUUUUGGAGAGUAUAUUCUACAGUCUAUUCAAAUGGGGAUUGGGAGGAACUUGUCUGAAAGGAAGGGGAGGGAGUUGCGUGAACUGCGGGAAGAAACGAACACAAACACUACCAAAUCGAGAAAGAAUAGGAGACAUCGUCUGAGGAAGAUGUCGCCGGGACAGAGGUUGUUUCAAACUUGUAAUCAAGUGUUUGCAUCUACUGGUCCUGGAAUUGUCCCUUCCCCUCAACACAUUGAAAUGCUUCUCUCUGUCUUAGGUGAAAUAAAACAAGAAGAUCUCGACUUGAGACCUGAUAUGCCAUAUUUCAGUACAAAAACUAGAAGAAUUCCAAAAAUUACAUACCUGCACAUUUAUAAAUGUGAACAAUUUUCGAUGGGAAUAUUUUGCCUGCCACCUUCUGGAGUUAUUCCUCUUCACAAUCACCCUGGAAUGACUGUUUUCAGCAAACUUCUUUUUGGAACUAUGCACAUCAAAUCUUAUGAUUGGGCAGACUUCCCUUCUCACACGUAUCCCAUGGUCAAACAAUCAGAAACAACCCAAACUUCGGAUAUAAGAUUGGCGAAAGUUAAGGUUGAUGCUGAAUUCAAUGGUCCUUGUGAUCCCUCCAUUCUUUAUCCUGCUGAUGGAGGCAACAUGCAUUGGUUCACUGCAGUUACAGCUUGUGCAGUUCUAGAUGUGCUUGGUCCUCCAUACUCUGAUCCUGAUGGCAGACACUGCACAUACUACCAGAAUUUCCCCUUCUCCAACUAUUCAGUUGAUGGAAUAUCUAUACCAGAGGAGGAAAGAAAAACAUACGAAUGGCUUCAAGAGAUGGAGAAACCUGAAAAUCAUCAAGUAGUGGGAAAGAUGUACGAAGGCCCAAAGAUUGUGGAGAAUUAAUGCUCACUUGUCACCCAACAUUUUCUUGGAGAUCAUUUGUCUCAUUAGGUCUUUUGAUGUCACCUUUUUGUCCUCUAGUCAAACUUAUUAUCUCUAUGUUAGUACUACCAUUUUAGUAUUUUCAUUU